AUGGCUUCUGCAGCGGUUCAACUUCCAAAUUCCCAAGGCCCUUUGCUCUCAGAAAAACCCGGAGUCUCCGUUUCGGAAAAGCCUCACCAUGUUCAGACUACACUCAACUUCUUCAAAGAGAACGAGGAUGGUUCUCCCCCGGCACCAGCGUAUAUUGGCAGGCCAGAAACUUACGAGCAACCUUUGUAUCCUCUACCUGCCACCAUCCAUGACAUCAGCGGCCACGAACUUGACUACAAACUAGACAGCCAUGGAUUCCAGCUUUACUAUCACGAAAGCCAAGAAAAAGACUUCCUAGAUGAUGAGAAGAUCAAGACGGCAUACUACGCGGAAACAGAGCAGCUACUUAAAGACGCCACGGGUGCCUCCCGCAUCUUCAUCUUUGACCACACCAUUCGCCGGCCCCAAACCGACAAAUCCACCAGUUCCCAGUUCCGCGGGCCUGUACAACGCGUGCACAUCGAUCAAUCAUACAGCGCAUCCAAGAACAGAGUCUCCUUUCAUCUCCCAGAUGAGGCACCCGAGCUUCUCAAGGGCCGAUAUCAAAUCAUCAAUGUCUGGCGUCCGAUCAAUACUAUCCUGAAGGAUCCACUGGCUGUGGCGGAUGCGCACUCGGUCCUAGAAAGUGACCUGGUGCCUGUUGGGCUCAUAUACCCAGACCGCGAGGGCGAGACGUACUCCAUCAAGCCGAAUUCUAAUAUCAAGUGGUAUUACCGCUAUGGUCAGACUCCGGACUUGGUGACCCUUAUUAAGUGUUUUGAUUCCAAGUUGGAUGGAAGAGCUCGUCGUUCGCCCCAUACUGCUUUCGUCAACCCGGAAACAGAGAAUGAAGCCGGAAGACAUAGUAUCGAAGUGCGAGCAUUGGUUUUCCAUCCUGAUGACCGUGAUUAG